AGAGGAACGAAGAGACAGCCGCCAUGCCGUUCGCCGAGCUCUACAGCAUGGGGAAGCCGCCAUCGUUCGCGCAGGUUGAGGCCAACCCUGAGAAGGCGAUGAAGCAAGUGCUUGCGAUGACUGGCCCAUCUCACAGCUACAGUGCAAGGAGUCGAUGGGAUAAGUCUGCAUCGUGUGCCUGGAAUCAUAAAAUGUGCAAGAUCUAGAUGAUAGAUUGUUAUUCUUCCUGCUUUUGAAUGUUCAUCGAUUAUUCGCUUGUUCAAACAAAAAUGAAUUUAUCUU